ACGCCCAAGCGCAAAACACUUUUUGACUCUCCUCGGCGCCGGUAGUCGGCAGUCUGCCACGGGCCGUUUAUUUUUCCUGUGUUAGCCAAACCUUUGCUGGCAGGUUAUAAACCCCCUGUAAGCAGGGCCAUCAUGUCUGAUAAGAAUGAGCUAAAGGCAGAGCUUGAGAGAAAGAAGCAACGGUUGGCACAAAUCAGGGAAGAGAAGAAGCGAAAGGAGGAGGAGCGAAAGAAAAAAGAGGCCGAACAACUGAAAGAUGUCUCACACCAUCAAGAUGACUCUGACCUGGAGAAAAAACGUCGUGAAGCUGAAGCCCUUUUACAGAGUAUGGGGAUUGGGGAAGCUUCCUCUGUGCCUCCUCCUCCCAUGUCUCCCACUGCCAAAUCCACGGGCACGCCGAGCGAGGCAGGGAGCCAGGACUCCGAUGGAGCUGUGGGACCCAGGACUCUGCACUGGGACUCUGACCCGUCCACACUUCAACUUCACUCUGACUCUGAGCUGGGGCGUGUGACUCCAAAACUGGGAUUGGCCAAAAUCACACAUGUAGACUUCCCUCCUCGUGAAACAGUUUCCUACACCAAAGAGACGCAGACCCCAGUGCUUUCCCAGCCCAAAGAAGUAGAAGAAGAAGAGGAAGAAGAAAUUGCUCCACCACAGGCAGUAGAGGAGAUUCCCAUUGAAAAACCAGAUCAGAAGGAGGAAGAGGAAGCACCCCCUCAUGAACUGACAGAGGAGGAAAAACUCCAGAUAUUGCACUCUGAGGAGUUUGUGAAUUUCUUCGAUCACAGCAGCCGCAUUAUUGAGCGUGCCCUGUCGGAGCACGUCGACCUCUUCUUUGACUACAGCGGCCGCGACCUGGAGGAGAAGGAGGGGGAAAUCCAGGCCGGGGCCAAACUGUCUCUCAACAGGCAGUUUAUGGACGAGCACUGGUCCAAGCAUCGCGUUGUCACGUGCUUAGAUUGGUCCCCCCAGUAUCCUGAACUCCUGGUCGCCUCAUACAACAACAACGAGGAAGCUCCCCAUGAGCCAGAUGGGGUGGCCCUGGUGUGGAACAUGAAGUACAAGAAGGCCACUCCGGAGUAUGUUUUCCACUGUCAGUCUGCUGUUAUGUCCACUGCGUUUGCCAAGUUCCACCCCAACGUAGUGGUGGGGGGCACGUACUCAGGGCAGAUCGUCCUAUGGGACAAUAGGAGCAACAAGAGGACCCCCAUACAGAGGACUCCCCUGUCAGCAGCAGCACACACGCACCCUGUGUACUGUGUCAAUGUGGUAGGCACCCAGAACGCCCACAAUCUCAUCAGCAUCUCCACUGACGGAAAGAUGUGUUCCUGGAGUCUGGACAUGCUGUCACAACCGCAGGACAGUAUGGAGCUGGUGUUUAAACAGUCCAAAGCUGUAGCUGUCACCUCCAUGUCGUUCCCUCUCGGAGAUGUCAACAACUUUGUGGUGGGCAGUGAAGACGGCUCAGUCUACAUGUCGUGUCGUCAUGGAAGCAAAGCGGGCAUCAGUGAGAUGUUUGAGGGCCACCAUGGCCCCAUCACAGGGAUCAACUGCCACACCGCAGCAGGACCCCUGGACUUCUCCCACCUGUUUGUCACCUCUUCAUUUGACUGGACUGUCAAACUGUGGAGCACCAAGAAUAACAAACCCCUGUACUCUUUUGAGGAUAACUCAGAUUACGUGUAUGACGUCAUGUGGUCUCCCAUUCACCCAGCUCUGUUCGCUUGUGUGGAUGGGGUGGGUCAUCUGGACCUGUGGAACCUCAACAAUGACACUGAGGUGCCCACAGCCAGUGUCACAGUGGAGGGAAACCCUGCCCUUAACAGAGUGAGGUGGGCUCCCUCGGGCAAAGAAAUUGCAGUGGGAGAUUCAGAUGGUGGAGUCCGUGUCUAUGAUGUUGGAGAGCAGACUGCAGUCCCUCGUAGCGAUGAGUGGACCCGGUUUGUGCGAACUCUGGCAGAGAUCAAUGAGAACAGAGACGACGCAGAGGAGCUGGCAGCUCAGCGUCUCACUGCCUAAGCUCGUUUCCAUGGAUACCAUGCUUCAGGGACCAGCAGUGCACUUGUUAUUAAGUCUAUUGAUAGGACACAAAUACAACUGGACAAAGAGAUGAAGUUCUGACUGAAAAAAACCCCUCUUUCCUUUACCUUCGUGGAUUUUGCUUCUCAGUUUGCAGGAUGGUCUUCCUCUGAUUACAAUCAACAGGGCUACAUGCAGAAAGCCAUGUUCGCAGUCCUUUCUUCUACCAGAUGCCUUAAUUUUUUUACUCUGAAUAAUUUCUUCUUUCCUUUCAUACAUACUAACAUAAGCCUUAUGUUUGAGUUUAAUGCCAAAUACUGCACUAUACCAUAGUUAGUCUAGUUUAUGCUAAUCCAGUUCAGAGCAAUCACUCUCUUCUAUCCACUGGAAUGUAAACAUCUCAUGACAAUAAUCCCUAUUUUCAUCAGCCUGUCUUUAAACAUAAUCACAUGAGCUUUAACUUUUUUAAAGUGUCCUGAUUCUUAAAUGUUUUUUCUUCUAAAAUGUCCUGUAACAUGCCAGGUUGUGUAUAUUAAAUACAUUUGCGAUAUCCUGAUAUCCUAUAUGCGAGGAAGAAGAUCAUGUAUGCUGUAACACUCAGUGAUUUUCUAAGUCUGUAAAGCUGGCGGUUAGUUCCUCUGAUGAGUUUGUUAAAGAAACUCUGCUUGUUGUCCAAUGUGAGAAUGUACUUUCACAGUAGAUACAUAAUGUUUAAAAGAUUUAUUUCAAUAAAAUACAUUAAAUGCAUUUAAAUUA